AUGUCGACCUCAAUAAAGGGUCGAUACGUGACCUUGGAGAGCAUUGUUCCAGCACAUAUUCCCCUCCUAUUCAAAAGCCUUGGUUUUCCAGAGAACAAUCAGAUGCUCGACUGGAUUAACGGGUUUCCUUACAUCUACACAGAAGACGAUCUUUCCAAUCACAUAUUCCGCUAUUUGCGAGACCACCCGGACCUCACCAUCUAUGCCAUCAAAGCCUGCGAGUCUCACCUCGGUCCACCGUCCCCCCCUAACGUUCAUCCACACACCGACGUUCUAGGUAUCUGCGGCUACCGGCUCUACCCACAAUCUCGUACUAUUAGACUGGACGAUCUUCUAUUCUCCCCACGGCUGCAACGUACGUAUGCCUCCACAGAAGCGAGCUACCUCCUGCUCCGUCAUUUGUUCGAAGAACAACCAAUAGCAUACUCUAGAGUCUCGGUGACGUCAAAUUCACUCAAUGUCCAGUCCCGGCAAUAUCAAGAGCGGAUGGGAUACAAGUAUGAAGGCACGUUUCGCAAGGACAAUAUAACCCGCUGGGGCACCCCACGGGAUACGGUUUGCUCGAGUAUGUUGGAUGACGAGUGGCCGUCAAACAAAAGCGCACUGCUGGCGUUCUUACGUACGGCCAACUUUGACUCCAAUGGCAAACAGAUUAGAUCACUCCGAGAGUUAAGAACUCUGCAGACAGAAUGUUUAGAGCAUGCUUUAGUCAAGUCCUAUCCCUGA